AUAUUAUCCACAUUUUGUCUGGUUGGGAGCCAUCAAAAUCAAGUUUUUGACUUCUGGAUUAGUGAAUGUGAGGAUCAGACAUAUAAAACAGCAGUACAGGAACUGUCUUAGGUAUUAUUUUAGGAGGAGAAAACUAUUUAGUGCAACACACACGUUGAACCGAGAAGUUACAGAAGGUUAGUGGAUUAUAAUUCGAGCGUAGAUCAUACUUCCUCUGUUCCAUAUUACUUGCACCAAACGAACCUUUUGCACUAUUCAUCAUUCGAUGGUAAUUUAUAUAUUUCGGCUAUUAUAUGAGAAAAAAACAUAGUCAUGUGGGAUUUUGUUUUAUUCGUCUCAUCGCAUAUUUUCAUGAUAUCAAAUUUCUAUAAUUUUUAGUUAUGUAUAACUCUAGAUAUUAGUGAUCCGACAAAUGCAUUGGAUUGUGUAAAAAUGUGUUUGGUGCAAGUAUUUUGGAACGAAGGAUGUAUAACCAAAGGGAUCGAUACAUGAAUCUAGAGCGUAGAAUAGUUCUUAUGAUCCACUCGUGGAAUAAAUGUGUAGUACAUGAGUAAACAGUUAAAUCAGGAACCUGCGUUUAUGGAACAUCAGUACAUGUGUAAAAGCUUUCAUGAGCUAUCUGUUUAGUCCAAGUGCUAACCAUUUGACCAUCAAGUAAACAUCCAUACAAAUUACAAAACUUGUACACCAGUUUGAAAUGCAUUGAUUCAAAGGUGCAAAUCCUUUUAUCCAAGAUUUUAAAUAAGAAUUACCGAAAGAAAAAUUACGAACUCUUAUUCUCUUCAACUCAAAAUUCAAAGCUAUAGUGUAAAAAUAAGGUCGCAUCACAUUCGGUAGCGUUGUAAAGGUUAUUAAAUGAACGAACCGAUAUUCUCCGCGUUGUAAAAGUGUAAAAGACCAACGUUUUAGGUCGUAUCACGAGAUAUCUUAUGGUUUCGGUUGAUAUUUAACUGUUAUGAUAAUCGUAUCACCGCUUCGUUACCGCAAUGACGACCGUUAGCUCAUUUUUACACUAUUGCUUGUACCACUUUCCCAGGUAAAAUCCUGGUUUGAUUCUUGCCACCCUCCCAUAACCUCCCCUUCCCUAAGCAAAAGGCAAAGCUUGCAUGGGUUCACACUUCAUCAAUGAAUGUUGUUACUUGUUGAGAUUAUUGAGAUGUUAUGGUCAAAACAUCAUGCAUAUUGAUUUAACAAUAGUGAAGAAAUUUCUUGUUUAUUUUAAUAAAAGUCAAUCGGAAACGGUCUCAUUUAUUAUCAUAAAUUUAACAUCGCAUACAUCUAACCCUUUCAUCUAAUGUUGUGCCACAUACUAUCACAAAGUUGUAAAAGUUUGUUAUUGACAGAACAAAAAUAAGAGAUGCAUGAAGAUGAAACACACAAGAAGCAUGUAGGCAUAGUCCUCAGCUACUCAAGACUCUCCUUUGUAGUUCCUUCUCAUUAUAUUACCCCAAAUUUGGCACCAUAGAUAGUGAACAAGAACCAAAAAAUACUUCGAAAAAAUGGUGAUAUUCCCUGGAUGUCUUCUAACCAAAAUCAUCAUCACUCGGUUGUUAUUGCUCGUGUUCUUUGUUAACUUCAUCCAAUCGCAAUUUACUCCAAAUGUCUCUUCACCUCCUACAAUGGCGGAGUGUGGUCCUCGCCUCAUUCCACUGGCUCCAUGUGCUCCGUUUGUUCAGGGGCAGUCUCCAGAUCCAACACAACAGUGCUGCAAUAACUUUAUUCAGGUGUACAAUCAACAGCGAGGUUGCCUUUGCCUUUUCCUCGAUGGGACUGCCUUGGCUUCACUGCCUAUCAACACGACCCUCGCUCUUCAAUUGCCUGGCAUUUGUAGUCCCCAACUCGACCCUUCUACGUGCUCACCUACAGGCGGAUCAGCGUCUCCUGUAUCACCAUCAUCUCAGAUUUCAUUCAGAAACAGUCCGAGUUCUGCCUCUGCAGGGGCACCAACUGUAGCAGUUGCACCACGGCCCAGCACUGUGAGGUUCGGUUUAGGUACGAGUUCAGCAAACAAACUAGUCGGGCGUCACUGGGGAGUCGUCGCAGCAGUGAUCUUUCUAUUCUUUGAAAAGUUCUUUUGAUAUAACUGAAGGUUCUAGAAGGAUAGGAUUUCCAUGUUUUCUGAUAGGAAUUAUGUAGUUAGUUAUCUUAGCAGUAGCAUGUAGGGUUUGCCGGGGUUUAGCAACAUAGUAUAUCUUUGUCCGUUUCAUGAUAUCGUCUUGAUUCAAUGAACGCUUAUUAUCAUCUAUGCGAAAACAGGAAUGGUCCUUCGUUUUUUACUUGUUUUGAUGUUGCGUUUAUAUAUGAUACAAUACACUACAACCAUGGAGACAAGCUAUAAGUACAAAUCUGCAAGAUUCUUGAUAGCUUUUGAGAUGGUACAUAGCAGAAGCAAAUAAACUUUCAUUCUAAACUUUAAUCUCUAAGUUUACACUUUUCUUACACGGGGAGCAUUGGCCUAUAUAUUACAAUGAUUCAGGACAAAUUUAGCGCAAAAACAGUACGUGUGCGUGUUAUAGAUCGAUAAGUGUACCCACAUAAACCAGUUGUACAUACGUUGUUCCAAUUCGUUGCAGCUAUCCCAAAGCUGGAGCCUCCUCUGCGGGAUUAGACUUGAAACAAUGUGUUUCGAUACAUGACCGUUAUUCCAAAGCUGGAGCCUCCUCGGUGGGAUUAGACUCGAAUACGUCUGUGUCGGAUGCCUCAGGUCCUUCUAAGAGGUCCUGUGAUUGGACUGAUUCCUUGUAUGCAGAAGUUUCUCUAAAAUCUGUAGCCCCAUCGUUAUAAGUAGCCACAGCAAUGCCACAUGCAACCAGC